CCUGCCCUGCAGCUGUACUAUACGUAACACACGCCUUGCCGUCAGUUACACUCGCGUAACAUGCGUCUACGUCUCCUUUAGGUGUAUUUUUAGGGCGAGGAAGUAGUCGUAAUCGCUUUUUUUUUGGGUCGAAUACGAUGGAAAAAGUCAGUAAAGAUGUUAAGACGAACCCGGCAGGGUCGGCGAAUCUCCUGUCCAAGAUCAUUUUCUGGUGGCUCAAUCCUCUCUUCCGCGCUGGGUACAAGCGCACGCUUGAGGAGGAUGACAUAUACCCGGUCCUGGAGGAGGACAGCUCAGAGAUACUGGGUCAGCAGCUGCAGAGAUAUUGGGAUCAUGAGGUCCAGGAGGCCACCAAAGAAUUGCGGAAGCCAAAACUCUCAUCAGUCAUCAUCAGGUGUUAUUGGAAGUCAUAUUCAGUGCUGGGAUUGUUUACACUUAUUGAGGAGGUGAUAAAGGUGAUCCAGCCAGUCAUUCUGGGGUACAUAAUCCGCUACUUUGAGGAUUACGACCUGCACAAUCAAGCAGCCCUGAAUGAGACCCUCUGCUACGCAGUCGGGCUAUCAAUCUGCACCAUCGGCCUGGCUUUUCUGCACCACCUCUACUUCUUCCACGUCCAGCGAGUUGGCAUGAAAAUUCGAGUGGCCAUGUGUCACAUGAUCUACAAAAAGGCUUUGAGUCUCAGCUGUUUUGCAAUGGGAAAGACCACCACAGGCCAGAUUGUGAACCUACUUUCCAAUGAUGUCAACAAAUUUGAUGAUGUGACAAUCUUCCUGCACUUCCUGUGGGUGGCGCCCCUGCAGGCAGCAACCGUGGUGGGGCUCCUGUGGCUUGAGAUUGGGCCAUCUUGCCUGGCAGGCAUGGUGGUGCUCAUGUUUCUAAUGCCUGUGCAGACCCUGUUCGGGAGGCUGUUUUCCAAGUUCAGGAGUAGGACGGCCAUUCUUACUGACAGCAGGAUUCGCACAAUGAAUGAGGUGGUAUCUGGCAUUAGGAUCAUCAAGAUGUAUGCCUGGGAGAAACCAUUUGCUGCUUUGGUGUCGGAUGUCAGAAGGAAGGAGAUCUACCAGAUCAUGAUGAGCUCGUACUUGCGUGGCCUCAACAUGGCCUCCUUCUUCUGUGCCAGCAAGAUCAUCGUCUUCAUCACCUUCACCCUCUAUGUUCUGUUGGGGAACAAAAUCUCUGCCAGCCGAGUCUUUGUGACUGUGUCACUAUACACAGCAGUGCGCCUCACUGUGACGCUCUUCUUUCCCAGUGCCAUAGAGAAGCUCUACGAGAGCCGUGUCAGCAUUCAGAGGAUCCAGGAGUUUUUGUUGCUGGAUGAGAUGACAAAGGCUAGCACUCCUCUGCCACUUGCCGAGAAGCAAGAUUCUGCCAUUGAGAUCCAGGACCUUAUAUGCUACUGGGACAAGAGUCUAGAUGCUCCAUGUCUACAGAAUGUCACACUGAGUCUGACUGAAAAACAGCUGUUAGCUGUUAUUGGACCAGUGGGUGCAGGGAAGUCCUCGCUAUUGAGCUCAAUCUUGGGAGAGCUUCCCGUUGAAAAGGGGGCGAUGAAGGUCAAAGGCCAGCUAACGUAUGCUGCGCAGCAGCCCUGGGUAUUUCCUGGCACUAUCCGCAGCAACAUCUUGUUUGGAAAGGAGUUGGAUCUGCGCAUGUACGAGAAAGUUCUCAGAGCUUGUGCCUUAAAGCGGGAUUUAGAACUGCUCCCAGAUGGAGACCUGACCCUCAUUGGGGACCGCGGUGCCACACUCAGUGGGGGGCAGAAAGCUCGUGUCAACCUGGCCAGGGCUGUGUAUCAGGAUGCCGAUAUUUACCUUCUGGAUGAUCCUCUCAGUGCUGUGGACGCUGAAGUCGGGAGGCACCUCUUUGAACAGUGCAUCUGUGGCCUGCUGAAGAGCAAACCCCGUAUCCUGGUCACCCACCAACUGCAGUAUCUGAAGGGAGCAGACCAGAUUGUGGUCCUCAAAGAGGGUCACAUGGUUGCCAGGGGGACGUACACGGAGCUACAGCAGUCUGGAGUGGAUUUCACCUCACUAUUGAAGAAGGAUGAGGAGGAGGAGCCCCAGACCUCAGACCUCUCCUCCCGAAGCCGGACUUUGUCCCAGAACUCAGUGCGGUCUCAGGCCUCUUCUGUGCAUUCGGUCCAGGAUGGAGACUAUUUGGCAGCUGAGCCAGUUCACACGUUGGCAGAAGAGACUCGCGCACAGGGAUCCAUUGGAUUGAAUAUGUACAUGAAGUACUUGCGGGCUGGUGCUAGCAUUUUGGUUGUGGUCGUUGUGAUGCUCCUAAACAUUCUGGCUCAGGUUGCGUACAUUGUGCAGGACUGGUGGCUGGCUUACUGGGCUGAAGAGCAAGGAAAGCUAAAUAACAACAGCACCGUGGGCCUCAAUAUGACCAAAGUUUACAAAGAGCUAGACCUUGAAUUCUACUUGGGCAUUUAUGGAGGUUUGACAGCGGCCACCAUCAUUUUUGGUUUUGUGAGGACUUUGCUAAUGUUCAACAUGCUGGUGAGAUGUACACAGGCCCUACACAACAACAUGUUUACCGCCAUCCUUCGCACUCACGUGCGCUUCUUUGACGUCAACCCCAUUGGCAGAGUUUUAAACCGGUUUUCGAAGGACAUUGGCCAGCUGGAUUCCAUUAUGCCGUGGACCUUUGUUGACUUCAUUCAGGUUUUUCUGCAAAUCCUCGGGGUCGUUGCUGUGGCGGCGGGCGUCAUCCCCUGGAUUCUCCUUCCUGUGCUCCCCCUACUCAUUGUCUUCCUCUUUCUCCGGCGCUACUUUCUGCAGACCUCCAGAGACAUCAAACGUAUUGAGUCCACAACUCGGAGUCCAGUUUUCUCGCACCUAUCUUCCUCUCUGCAGGGCCUGUGGACGAUCCGAGCCUUCAGAGCGGAGGGCCGCUUCCAAAAGGCUUUUGACGCCCAUCAGGAUCUGCACACAGCGGCAUGGUUCCUUUUCCUGAGCACAUCUCGCUGGCUUGCCUUACGUCUUGAUGGCAUGUGCUCCAUCUUUGUGACAGUCACCACAUUUGGCUGCCUGCUCCUCCGAAACCAGUUGGAUGCCGGCUCUGUGGGUUUGGCUUUGAGCUAUGCGAUCACUCUGAUGGGCAUGUUCCAGUGGGGGGUCCGGCAGAGCGCUGAGAUGGAGAACAUGAUGACAUCAGUGGAGAGGGUGGUGGAGUACACUGAACUGGACAGUGAAGCCCCCUGGGAAACCCAAAAGCGACCUCCUCCUGAUUGGCCCAGCAAAGGUCGAGUGACCUUUGACGGGGUCAGCUUUUCCUAUAGCACUGAUGGUCCCAAAGUUUUGCACAACUUGAAAGUGACAUUCCAACCCAAAGAGAAGGUGGGCAUCGUGGGUCGGACAGGCGCUGGAAAAAGCUCCCUGGUGUCGGCCCUGUUCCGCCUGGCCGAACCCCAAGGAAACAUCUACAUCGACGGUGUGUUGACUUCUGAGCUGGGCCUUCAUGACAUACGUCAGAGGAUGUCUAUCAUUCCUCAGGACCCGGUGCUGUUCACAGGUUCCAUGAGAAAGAACCUAGACCCUUUCAACCAGCAUUCGGAUGAGGAGCUGUGGAAUGCUCUACGAGAGGUUCAGAUGAAGGGCGUGGUAGAAGAGCUUCCUGGAAAAUUGGAAACCGUUCUGGCUGAGUCUGGCUCCAACUUCAGCGUGGGCCAGAGGCAGCUGGUGUGUCUGGCCAGAGCCAUCCUGAGGAAGAACCGCAUCCUCAUUAUUGAUGAGGCCACUGCCAACGUGGACCCCAGGACAGAUGAACUGAUCCAGAGAACUAUCCGAGAGAAGUUCCAGGAAUGCACUGUGCUCACCAUCGCUCAUCGCCUCAACACCAUCAUAGACAGCGAUCGCAUCCUGGUUUUAGAUGCAGGGAGAAUCCACGCAUACGAUGAGCCCUAUACGCUUCUCCGAGACCCCUCUUCUAUCUUUUAUAAAAUGCUGCAGCAGACUGGCAAGCAGGAGGCAGCAGCCUUGCUGGAGGCAGCUAAAAAGGCUUAUGACAGCAGAAGCCAACCCAACUUCAGUAACAGGGAGGCGGACGCAGGAGACAGGAGCUUGGUCAUUUUUGAGACAGCUCUGUGAGCCGCGCACCACAUUGGAGUGUGUGGAGGACGCAAGCCGAAUGUACGCACAUGAUGCGAACCACUACUGUACAAACUGUAGACAUGCAUGUAUUUAUUUUGCAUACUUGUUUUUUCACACAGUAAAACUCUGCCUUGCUUUCAA